UCGUCUUCUCCGUCGCUGAUCGAUCUAAUACUCCGUUGUUUCUGUAAUCAGCGGUGGUGAUUGAUGGCUUCUAACGAUCCAAAAAACGGCGGAGGUUUCUUCGCCUCUAUUGGUUUAUCCAUCACCAAUUUCGGAUCGGUCAUGUCCAAAUCAGUUUAACAGGUAAUGAAUUCAAAAUCCCCAUAAACAAUUUCUCGUUUUCGGAUCCUCCAUUCUUCAGCUGAGAUGGAUUCACAUGCUUCUUAUGCUGGAAACUAUGGUGGGAUGUUAUAUUAUUUCAUCUGGUUGGGAUUUGAAGGCUUGUGGGGAAGAAGAUACAUGCAAAAACGACAACACGUUGUAACGACAACACCACCGUCGUCGACUCUUACCCUUCCUAGAUUCUAUUCCAACUCCGUGAAGGUUGGGAUACCUGAGUUCUUGAGUGGGAUUGGCGGAGGAGUUGAGACUCACAUUGCAAAACUUGAAACUGAGAUUGGUGAUCUUUCGAAACUGCUUGUGACUCGUACGCUUAGACUCAAGAAUUUUGGUAUACCUUGCAAACAUGCCUGUCUCGGACGUUACGAGUGACUUAACCAUCGAAGUAGGCUCUGCCAGCUUUUCUCUCCACAAGAUUUGGCGGUUAAAUCAGGAUAUCCCAGAGAAGCACUUAGUUACAGCUAAAGAUGAUUCAAAUCCAUGGUUGGAGCUCUUAGGAAAUGCUGUGAAAGAAGCUGUAGGGAAGACUAGUGAGCCUGAGAUUUUCCCUACAUCAACUGAUUCUCCAUAUGUAUGUCUCAAUCCUCAAGGCUUACACAUCAUAUGUUUUAUAUGCCAUUGUUUAGGAUUUGAAUGUCUGUGUUUUUUUAUUU